CAACCAAACAUGCCCUAAAGUAUCCCUCUAUAUAAAGGGCCAAGUACAGAGAGAGAGAGGGAAUAUUUUUCCAAAGAGCGUAGUAACAAAGCGAAACAAAAGCAAGGGUCAAUAGAGAUAUUUUUUUUCCGAGAAGAACGAAGGAUGAGUGGAGGAAUAGCACAAGACUGGGAGCCGGUGGUGAUCCGCAAGAAGGCGCCUACUGCCGCCGCACGCAAGGAUGAGAAAGCCGUCAACGCCGCCCGUCGCUCCGGUGCUGAGAUCGAAACCAUCCGAAAAUCUGCUGCUGGCACAAAUAAAGCUGCCUCCAGUAGUACGACCUUGAACACCAGGAAACUUGAUGAAGAUACUGAGAAUUUGGCUCAUCAAAAGGUACCAACUGAACUGAAGAAAGCCAUCAUGCAAGCUCGACAAGAUAAGAAGCUGACUCAGGCUCAACUUGCCCAGUUGAUAAAUGAGAAGCCUCAAAUCAUCCAGGAGUACGAGUCUGGAAAGGCGAUUCCAAAUCAACAGAUAAUCUCUAAACUGGAGAGAGCUCUUGGUGCGAAACUUAGAGGAAAGAAAUGAAGUGCCUUUUGGGUUGCUCAAAUCUCCGUUCCAGUCUUAAAAGCGGUCAUGUACAUGAACAACUUUCUCUAUUAGCCCUCUUUCUGAAACCACUUCGGUGCUUUUGCCUGUGUAUGAAUUGAUGGUUGUGGAUUUCUUGGCUAAACAGGUGUUACUAAUAUGGAAAAUAAGGCGUUUACGCUUAGCAAGCGGUGUUAUCCUGUGUUUCCUGUUUUUUUUGGAGAUUGUUCUCAGUUAUCUUUGUGGUGUGAUGACCCUGUCGUUCUUCAGAGCUUCUUUACUUUGAUAUGUAAUGGGACACGUAAUAGGCACAUGGGAAUAUGCAAAGUAUAUCCAUUUGCAAUGGAAUAUAAUUUGAUGCUGCAAUUUUAUGCUA